UUUUCAAGGUAAAUAUUCUUUUCCCAACAUGAAAUAGGUCUUUGUUGUUUGCCAAGAGGUAAAGAGGCGGAAAAGUGAGGAGGAUCUGAACUGGUUUCCAUGUCAAACACUUCAAUUCACCAUAGAAACUCAGAUCUUAACGCGGAAACUUUAUUAAACUGUGAUGGUGGAUUGAUAAGGGCCGAAUUUCUAUCGGCCUCUUUUUAUUGUGGGCACCAGGCGGGCUGACAGAGGUAAAUUGCUCUUUUAAUUAAAGCAAUGCACCAGGGGAAAUUGCUGUCUGAAUAUUGUCUCAGAGAUGGGGGCCAGUGACAGUUGCCUGGAAACUUCAAUCUGUCCACCCGCAUUUAUUCCAGAUCACAGUUAUGAGAUAAAGUUUAAUAAAAAUCUUUUCCUCCGCCACCAACGAAAUGAAAUCCAACCCUUUCUGAACAACUGAACACAAUGAGACAGGACUGCAGAGGAAACCUCAUGUUCAACAUGUAUCUCUCAGAUCCAACAGAAAAUCUGUUGAAAGAAAGCAAAGGAGCAACUUGGGGUCCAAUAAACACAGGAGUGCAAAAAGGCAGUGGUCAGAUUCAGCUGUGGCAGUUCCUGCUGGAGCUCCUCUCUGACAGCACCAACAUGUCGUGCAUCGCCUGGGAGGGCACCAAUGGCGAGUUCAAGCUCAUCGACCCGGACGAGGUGGCUCGGCGCUGGGGGGAACGCAAGAGCAAACCCAACAUGAACUAUGACAAGCUGAGCCGAGCGCUGCGCUACUACUACGACAAAAACAUCAUGACAAAAGUCCACGGAAAGCGGUACGCUUACAAGUUUGAUUUCCACGGCUUGGCGCAGGUGUGCCAGCCCACCACCACAGAGCAGGCCAUCUACAAGUUUCAGGGUAACUUCUCACCGAUUCCCUUCUCUGGGAUUUCCAAAUUGAACCUCGUGGCUCCCGGCGUUGGGCCGUCGGGUUUCUCCUACUGGCCCGGUUCUCCUUCUGCGGCUCUGUAUCACAGCCACAACCUCCAGCCUCCAGGGCCCUUUGGCACCGUGUCUCCAUCCCACAUCAGCUGUGUCAACAACAUCAACAGUCUGAGUAACAUCAAUAGCCAUUACAACUGACUCUUGAUGCAUCUUUUUAGACAAACUGUAAAAAUAUAGACACCCCACGUAAUAAAAGGAAUGAAAAGAGAUGACAGCAACGAGAGAUCGGUUUUGGUAAUUUGCAUGGGGAUGUACUGGCUUCAUUUGGUUAAAUGUGAAUGUUUUGGACACGUAACGAUUGUUGAUUGAUAUUUAAACGUGUAAUUAUGGAGCAGUAGUCACGCAAAUGUUGCUGAGACAAUGGUUAUAUGUAUCUAAAAACACGUACAUAAACAAACAAAAAACUAUUUAUCCCUGUUAGAUUUUAAACCAGUUAAUAAAUCAAUCAAGAGCCACCUUUCCAUUUACGCACUAUGUUUUGAACUUUUACGCGCGGUAUAUUUAGAUAAUUAUAUUUGGAUUAUUUUAUUAUAGGAUUUUAUUCUAUAACGAUCCGAAUUAUGGGAUUUCUUCAUUUCAGGCACAAUCUAUGACAUUAAAUAAGAGCCCGGCUUUUGAAAUGAACAAAGUAGAGUAUUACUUAAAAAAGGUAAUGGAAUUUUCUGUUUUAUACCUAUCCUCAUCUUUUUCAGUCCCUUUGCUUUGCUCCCAUUCUCCUUUUCUGGAGUUCUGUGAUUGUUUUCACACUCAGGUGGGUUCAUUUCCAUCAACUCGGGAGCAAAUAACCAGUUAUUAUUGGACUAUUGGCGCCAUCUUGUGGUUUGGGAAUGGCCUAAUGCCUGAUGGAUUUGAUUUUUCAUGUAUUAAAUUAUCAUCACUUGGAAACAGUCACAUUGUCACUUUAAUCACUGUUUUCAAUCACUGCCCACUGCUUAGAAAAUUAGACACAUCCAUCCAUUCUUUUAAGAAUAUCAAAUGUGACCCACUUACAAUAAAAAUGAAACCAGUACAGGGGUACAGGGUUGUGAUUUGUGUAACGUGAAUAGUAACAGAAACUGUGAAUUCAUGAACUUUUCUGUAAAUACUGUACUGCGGAGAUAUGCUCCGGCUAUCGCUGCUUUUUAGUGUACAUUGCAUUAAUUCACUCAGCCUCAUAGUGUAGCUAAAACAACUGUACCAAUGAAAAACAAAUAAAACAGAUUGUUAUGAAUAAGUCUAUUUGAAUUAUGUGCUGAUGAACUUUUGCUUUGGUUAAAAUACCAGCGUACCACUAGAUUUUUCUUCUUUUUUUCUUCUGUGCCACAUUUAUGCUCACACUGAGAUGUCAGAGUUCUUGUGUUAGAGACUUCUAAAUACGUUUGUAUUCAUG